UUGCCUGCCACCCACUCCGUGUCUUUCACCCACCUACAUUUUCGCAAAGAUCUGGUAUGGCACAACCACAGGGCCAUGAAGCACUCCCUCCUGAGGAUCGAUGACCUGCACUGGCUGUGGCAUAUUUGCCCUCUGGACCCCGAAACAACGUGCCAGCGCACACCACCGCUUUACACACACAGUUGCAGUUGAGUCUCUCUCCUGCACGUCCCACCACGGACACUUCAGGGUAGCUGAGAGUCUGCAGACCACCCAAGGGCUCGGGAGACUACACACUGUGAGGCCUGGGUGUGUGGAUGCAUUGAAGGAUGGCCGUGUUUUGGAAAGCAAUGGCAGGUGGACUGCUGCUCACUUUGACCCUCUCUCUUCUCGGGUGGGGAGCCGAGGGACAAGGGAACGGACGCGGUAAGAAAGAAGUGUCAGGCGGAGCUACCGUCUACCUCGGCCAGGACAGAGACAUCUGGAGGCCACUGAUCCACACAACAGUCAACCUCAGUGAUAUCAGCAGUAUCAAGUCAACCUUUCAGUUGCGGACAUUUGACCCCGAAGGUGCCAUUUUCUAUGGGGACACCAAAAAUGGGAUGGACUGGUUCAUUUUGUCCCUGAAAGACGGCAUCCCUUUGAUGCAGAUCCGCAAGGGAGACAUCCACAUCAGCGUGGCCGGCGGCACCAAACUCAACGAUGGAAAAUGGCACACACUGGAGGUGAGCAACCAUGGGAAGUUUGUGAUUCUGGAGGUGGACGGGUCCAGCGGGCUGGUGGUGGGAAUGGAGUCCAAACAGACAGAGGAGGGCCUUUCAGGUGAACUUCGGCUGGCCCUUGGCGGGGUCCUCAUCGACAAGGAUAAUAUGAUCGUUCAGUUCGAGCCGCAGAUGGACGGCUGUGUACGGGAAGGCAACUGGCUAAACCUCAGCAUCCCCUGGGAGUCAGAGGCGGAGGAGCUCUGGCCCUGCUAUCAGAACGUGCGACCUGGCAGCUACUUCCCUGGCACCGGAUUUGCCGUUUUCAACACCUCAGUUUUCCCCAUUGAGGCCGAUGAUGGGGUCACAGUUGAAUUGUUGGGAGAUUUCACUAAGAUGGAUGGAACUGUUUUGAGCAUCAAGGCUGCUGGGCAAGAGCUGAUGUUCUCGUUGGUGGUCAAUAAUGCCACAAAGGAGGUGACUCUCACUUUCGGGAAUGAAAAAAUCAAUAUGAAAGACACAUUACAGGGACUGGGGAUAACCUUUUGGACAGAUUCGCUAAAAAUACGUCUAACUGAAGAUGAAUUAAUGUCCACGGUGUCUGUGAUUCCAGUGAGCCACCCUGGUUAUUUGACCACAUGGAGAGAGGGUCAUUUUGCCAUUGGGGGUCUCUUAGGUGAGGGUGAGGACAACGUUGGCUCCCAGUUCUUGACAGGCUGUCUGGAGAAGAUCAAAGUUCAAGGCAGGGAUUUGGACCUGGAUUUAGCUGUCAGACACGUGUCAAUCUCCUCUCACAGCUGCCCUGCAUAGACCAUGAAAGUAUGCAUGUGCACUGUGUGGACUAAAUGUUAGCAGAGGAUUCCUUUGGGUCCAGAUGAUGUAAAGUGGCAGUGGCAUAUGCAGAUAUGCAGAUGAUAACUAAAUUCUAGUAAUUAUACUAUUUCUAUUGGGCAACUCAUAAUUGAAAGAUGUAUUUUACCUAUCAACCUCUAAAAUGUGGAGAAUUUAAAAUUAAAUAUAAAUAUAUUAAAUAAUACUUCUCCCACAGCCUCAUUUGAAUAGAAUAUUCUGAUUAGUCUGACAAAUGCGAGUGGUGUUGUGGCUUUGAUAUAUGCAAAAGUAUGUUUCUAAAUAAAAUAUGAUUCUCCUCUA